AUGGAUUAUCCAUCAUUUGUUUUUGCUAUUUUCUACAUAGCACAGCUAGUUAACAAUGUGAAAGGUAUAGUAUGUAAACAUAUUAUUUCCUUACAAUGUAAAUUACAUGCGGAGUAUUGCAAUGGACCAUUUGCAUUAUAGACUAAAUUUUGAUCCAUGCAGACAAGAAUUUCACCACAGCUUGAAAGAGCAUCACAAAAUUAGUAAUAUUCCGAAGUUUCGUUGCGAAAUGUUGUAAAAUGCGGAUAUUAUCCGCAUUUUACAACAUUUCGCAACGAAACUUUGGAAUAUUACUAAUUUUGUGAUGCUCUUUCAAGCUGUGAUGAAAUUUUUGUCUAGACUUGUUUAGAUCAAAAUUUAGUCUAUAAUGCAAAUGGUCCAUUGCUAAUCUUUUUAUUUUUAACUUACUGAUCGAAAUAAAGCGUACAUAUAUAUACGUUAUACUUGUAGUGCAUGGUAUCAAUUAGGAAUUUUCUCGAACGAAUGUUUAAUGUCGAUUAUAACAAAAAAGCUGCAGAAAACAUAUAUAGAGACUAGAAAUUUCUUUCACAUGCAAUCUUAAACUUUACGCUAAAUACGUUCAGCGCGCUGUGGAUCCAAAUUUAUCAAUUGGCUAAUGAGUAGACAUUUUAUAUCUACUAGUUUUAAUUUUUUGUAUUUAUUCCACAGAACGUGUUCUGCACGUUCUGCGGGUAGGGCGUGUUCUUUUAGAGUUUCUAUCCAAUGGAAACUUCUAUUUUGUACAGGUUUCGCAUGUGAUGUUGAAGUCGAAAGAGUUGGAUGUUUUAAUGAUAAAAGUCGACCGCUUGAUAAAUUGCUUGUUUAUAGUCGAACAAGUCUACCACUUGCUAAAUUGCUUGUGUAUCGUCGAAUACCAUACAACCACGAAGAACAAAAGAUUGCUCUGCCACGGUAAUGACAUACCUACAACGCGAGCGCAUUUGGUUAGAGACGCACAUUUUACGUAAUGAAGCUGUGGUAUAUGUCAGAGGUUUUCAUACUCUCGCAAAUAAAACUGACCUAGUAAGCUUUAUAUUGUGCGAUAUUUCAACGAUUUAGCCUCCUCCGCAGGCAUCUUGUGGUUCACCUGGGUUGCUCGAAUGCGGCAAAUUCUGCCCGCCAAUCUAAAGGCGAUGCCUAUGGAGGAGGCUUUGCAUGUGACUUUGGGUUUAUGACCGUGUUUAGAUUUACCAGUUUCUAUAAACAUGGUCCUAUAUCCAUUUGAUUAGAGACGAACAAUUAGGCUGCUUUAUAAUAAAAUCAUGCUCAUUAGAAUACCGGUUUCAGUAUAUAAAAUAUAUUAUAUAAUUUUUGCUUACAUAAGACUAUGAAAGACUCUUACCUGCAGGUUCUGUAUUCUGUGUUUAGAUUGUUAUGCGACUGCGCAGUAAAUGCACAGUUACAAGGGUACCACUAUAUUGGUCUUCAGUAUUACACAGAAUGCUGGACCAGCAGUGAAUCAGAACCACACUACAGCAGAGAUGGUCCAAGUACAGACAAAUGUUUUAAUGCCGAGUUUCAACCAUGUUCUCAAGAUGAUACCGACUGCGUCGGAGGUGCGCGCGCAAAUUUUAUCUAUAAAAUUGUUAACCCAGGUAAGAUGACUCUUAUUAUGAUGAUAACUCGGUGUGGUUGUGAGCAAUGACCUUAAGUGGUCCCCUCACAUUGCCAGCUGUACUGCUAAAGCCAACCGUUUGCUUGGUUUUCUUCGGAGAAAUUGUUCUCAAAUGACUGAUACUCGCUGCCGUCGGCUUCUCUAUCUCUCUCUUGUCCGAUCUCACCUGUCUUACGCCAGUGAGAUCUGGGCACCUCAAGCCUCGUCACGCGAUCUUGCGAUCCUGGAGGGUGUUCAGAGACGAGCUACUAAAUUUAUACUUCAAGAUUAUGAGUUGUCUUAUCUUGAGCGUCUUAGGAAACUUAAUUUAUUGCCUAUAUCUUACUGGCUUGAAAUAAAGGAUCUCAUCUUUUUUUUCCAAAUGCAAACAAGGCCUCUACGACCUAGAUAUCUCCUCUUUUGUCACCUUUUCUUCUAAUCGCUCAUCUCGCACCCGUUCAAGCAAGGACAACUUGCUUCAAGUCAAUCCGUGCAAAACCUCUCUUUUUAGAAACUCUUUUUUUAACCGAAUUGUCUUUCUAUGGAACAAUCUCUCUCCAAUCAUUCGUAACAGUUCGUCUGUUUCAUCCUUUAAGUUCCAGCUCCAUUAAUUCUCACUACUCUUCUCAAUUAGACUCUUCUUUCGAUGUUAACAGAAUGCGCACUUGGAAAACCUACUGCUCUAAAUGCCGUUCUUUCAACUUAAGCUGUUGCUCAUAAUCUAAACUAUUAAUUUUUAUAUAGCUAUGUAAAUAGUGUUCUAGUCCUUGUCUUUAAUGUAUCUCUACUUAUUGUAUUGUAUCAGGUUGGUCUUUACAUGGAACUCAUGUCCUGUUGACCAUACCUUCAAUCAUUGUUAUAUUUUUCGUAUAAUUGUAAAGUUAAUAAAUAAAUAAAUAAGAAUGACGUCAUCAUAUUUAACUUGGCUUUUAUUUAACUCAUAUUUAAAAGAAUUUUCAGUUUCACAAAGCACUGUCGUGCAGCAGAUGGUGGUCAACCUGCAGCUAUCAGAAUGAGAAAAUAAUGUUCAUUCUUUUCAUUGUAUUACCAAUUUAUUAUUGGCUAGUAAUAGAAUUGAGUUUGUCGAAUUGUAGUUCAAUUUUCUUGACCACCAUCCACCAUCUGCUGCCUUAAGUAACGCUAGUGAAACUUGCCUGUGUCCCACUGACAAAAAUCAUGCAUGUAACGUUAUUUUAAUGAUCUACAACUUUGAGUAACAUCAAAAACAUUAUAUUCACCUGAGUACAUAACAUCAAAACACACACAAAAAAUAUCAUGAUCAUAGAACGCAGGGGCGCCGGAGCCACGGGGGCAGCGGGGGCAGCUUCCCCCGUUGCCUAAACAGUGCGGGGGCAGCACGGGGGCAGCAGGUUGCCUUUUUACCAGAAACUGCACUUCGAACGUCGUGCGUUUUACACAUGAAUUGAGAUUGAAAACUGUUUUUAAACAAUUUAACUCAUAUUUGAAUCUGAAUUCCUCUCAGAGACGUUACUAAUCAGUUUCCACCUAUGAAAAAAAGUGAAAAAGAAAGCCUUCCUAAAUAACUGACCACUGUCAUGUUGCUUUACAAUACAUUUUAGUAUUUAGUGUCAUGCAAAGAACAAAAAUGUUCCAAUCCAUGCCGAAAUUUGUCUAACUGUAUUAGCUACAAGUAAUGAAGUAUCUGUUAUACAGCAAAAUGUUAACGAACUUGCCCCCCCCCCCCACUCCCAAAAAAAAAAUUAAGGCUGAAGAAUAAGUGCCCUUUUUAAAUGGCUGCCCCCGCCGCUUCAUUUUGCUUCCGGCGCCCCUGAAUUAGAACGCAUUGGUUUCGAAGGUACUAGACUUAGUUUCGAAAUACCACACACUCGAACAGACUUGACCUGGUAGCUCAGUUGGCAGAGCAUUGGACUAUAGUAUCACAAAGGUCACGGGUUCGAUUCCCACCGUGGUCAGGCUAACUUGUCAGCCUGCCCGGUGUCGAUAUACACUCUAAGUAACAUCCGAUCAAAAACAAUAACUUUGAGAAUACUGUAAUAUUUCAACUUCCUGUUGUAGAUAAGGCCACGUCUGAGAUGAAUGGAACAUCAUCUACUUCAAGUGCUCAGGAAGUAUUGCAACUACAAGCAACUACAGAAAUGAAACUACCUACUACCCUACCAUUAACACCCACAUUUCAGGUAACACAACCAAGUAAACAACCAUCAUCCACACCACCAUUGUCAACAUUCUACGUGACAGAAUCUAUUACUUAUACACCAUCAACCCAAGAAUAUAUACCAUCAGAGUCAACAUUCCAGAUACCAAAUAAGCCAUCAGAACAAACUGAACAACCAAUCCAGAUAACUAUAUCUUCAGUACAAACUGCAGUGAUAGAACCAACAACUCCAUCAUCAGAACCAACAUUACAGAUGACAGAGAAACCAACUAUUCCAUCGUCACUAAACAAUGAAACACAACCACCUGAGAUGACAGAGAUAAUACCAUCGACUGUGGCACCAGUAGCUAGCACUACCAAGCCACCAUGCUACGAUACGUCGGUCGAAUCACCCGAAUGUAUUUCUCUUUCGUCAUUCUGUACAGACGAUGUUGUGUUAUUACUAUGUCCAAGAACCUGUCACCAGUGCCGUGACUAA